AUGAAGAUCCCCGUUUUUCCCGCUGUCGUUCUUCUCUCUGUCCUGGCGCUCCACUCUGCUCAGGGGGCAGCCCUGGCCAGCUCUGAGGAAGAAACCACCAUUGGUAAUUAUGCGGCAGGACCCGAGGCCUUUAAUGCCCAGUUCCUGAACAUUGACAAGUUGCGAUCAGCUUUCAAGAACGAUGAAUUCCUGAACUGGCACGCUCUCUUCGAGUCUAUCAAAAGGAAACUUCCUUUCCUCAACUGGGAUGCCUUUCCUAAGCUGAAAGGACUGAGGAGUGCAACUCCUGAUGCCCAGUGA